CCCAUUUACGUGCGUCGUUGCCCAGCCCGACACGACGGAUGAGGUGUAACUCUGCCGCAAACAUCGCGCGUCCACCAUAACAACCACGGAUUUCGCUCUUAUCACCUCCCUCACCUCCUCUUCUUUCUCGUCUCCUUCUCCAUCUUCUUCACCGCUUCGCUGUCUUGCCUCUGACCCAACGCCUUUACCUCCAACCUCCCAGUUCAACCCCAACGAAAGCUUCACCGACCAAUUAAGCCCAGCGUGAUUCUCAAUCGCCCGUAGUUCUACGUUGCACUGCCCCGCCAUUGAAGCUACUUCGAACCACUCCCCCUCGUCACCCGAAGAAUCGCUGUCCAACAACCCCCUCCAACGACGUAUUGCAAUCGCUACCGCAAUGGCAGAAAAGGGACUCUUCGCCGACGAUCUCGUGUCUCCCACUGUCGCCUCUGCUCUCCCCGAAGGCUACGUCGUUCGCGCCCUCCGCCAAUCCGACUACAACACCGGCUUUCUCGAUUGCCUCCGUGUCCUGACCACCGUCGGUGAUAUCAGUGAGCCACAAUUCGCAGAGCGCUACGAUUGGCUGUCCAAGAGCGACGGGUACUAUAUCCUUGUCAUAGAGGACACGAGCAGGAAAACCGUGGUCGGAACCGGUGCCUUGAUUGUCGAGCGCAAGUUUAUUCACAGCCUUGGUCUUGUGGGCCACAUCGAGGAUAUUGCCGUGGCAAAGGACCAGCAGGGCAAGAAGCUCGGUCUGCGCAUUAUCCAGGCCCUCGACUUCAUUGCCGAGAAGGUCGGCUGCUACAAGAGCAUCUUGGACUGUAGCGAGGCCAACGAGGGCUUCUACGUCAAGUGUGGCUUUAGGAGAGCCGGCCUAGAGAUGGCCCACUACUACGAGGGAGACAAGAGUAAGGUCCAGUAGCCCGUUGCCUUCCUCUCAUCCUCCCACCACAGAUGACACGUCAUUUUGUCCCCAACCGCGUCGUCGUGUCUCGGUUCGGGCUCGAUACCGUUCGGUUUCGUUGCAGAAAAACUUGGAUUGCAUCGGUGAACUGCUGAUGUGGGGUACUCGCAGGACUGAAAGCUCUAGAUCAAGAUGAUAGAUCAGACGAGUGCGAAGCUCGAUCCCCGAGGGAACAAGAAAAAUUGAUAAGAAGAAGAAUAGAACCACGAAACCCAACCACCAC